AUGGUGCCGCCGCCCGUCAUGGAGGGCCCAGGGGACGCGGCUGGCGAGGGGCCGGCCCCGAUGGGGAGGGGGCCUGCGGGGCCCUCGGGAGGCGGUGGCCGCGGCCACGAGGUCCGGAGAGUGGCCGUGAGCUCGUCGGUCGCCUGGGAGCGCGUGGGGCCCGAGGAAGCCCAGGCUGUGGUCAGAGGUGUGCCCGCUCACCCUGCGAGAGACGGGGGCCCAGCUAGUGGGACACAGCCCAUGCUCGCUGGGCGCUGGCCCCUUCCAGACCUGACCCUGCAGCUGCUGGCCGUGCGGAGGAAGACGGGGCUUCCGGACCCCAGCCUGCGGCGGGCAAUGCGGGCCCGGCUCCGCCUGCUGGAGAAUGACAGCCGGGAAGUGGCCAGCGUGCUGGGGGAGCUAUCGGCCAGGCUGCUGUCUAUCCACAGUGACCAGGACCGGAUUGUGGUGUCGUUUAAGACUUUCGAAGAGAUCUGGAAGUUCUCCACUUACCACGCUCUUGGCCCUUUCUUUGUCCUGUGUCCCGACCACCACGUGAGAGUGACCACCAGCCCCCGGGGCGCAGGCCCGCAGCCCCCGAGGCGAGCCGCGGGGGUCCCCCAUGGAGACGCAGCCCCGGCAGCGGACUCUAAGGCGCCCAGCCCCGGCACGUGCUCCCAGGACACGGCAGCGGUGGCCGCUCCGGAACCUCUGAUUCCAUUUCAUCAGUGGGCCCUCAGGGUCGCUUGGGACCCCAUCGACGACUCCGUGAGCGGCCCUGUGACGUCAGACGUUCCGCUGAUGGCGGUGGGCCUGGCCUCAGCAGUGGCAGACUACCAGGGCUCCGGGCCUGAAGAGCUGACCUUCCGAGGCGGUGACGUCAUCGAGGUCCUGGGCGCCCGGGUGCCCGGCCUGCCCUGGUGCCUGGGCCGGCACACGGCCUCGGGCCAGGUCGGGUUUGUGCGCACGAGUGACAUCAGUGUGCAGGGCCAAGUGUCUGAGUUGGAAGACGUGAUUUUUCUCGAUGAGGAAGAAAAGUCGUUCUUCAGCAACGAAGGGCGCUUCUCGGACGAGGACGCCAGGCAGUUGCUGAGGAGGAUGUCCGGUGCGGACACGUGCACCGUGUACAGCUUGGACAGAUUAGAAGAGACCGACUUUGAGCCGCCAGAAGAACAAGGAAGCGUAGCUGUUUGCUCGUUGGCUGUGUCUUUGGGUACUGACCUCCAAAGCCAACAGCCCCGCACACGGGCACUUUUGGAAUCACCUCACCUGGACCCAGAGCCACACGAGACCCUACAGAAGGUGAAGAACGUUCUGGAAGAAUUCAAAUCCCGCCAGGACUGCCCCGAGGAGCCAGAGUCCUGGGGUCUCUGCCAGCUGUGUGCCGUCCAGAGGCUUUGUCACUUCUACAGCACGGUCAUGCCCAGCGAGGCCCAGUGCGUCGUCUACCACGAGUUCCAGCUGUCGCUGGCCCGCAGGGUGGCGGACAAGGUGCUGGAGGGGCAGCUCCUGGAGACCAUCAGCCGGCUCUACCUGUCCCUGGGCACCGAGCGGGCCUACAGGUCCGCCCUGGACUACACGAAGCGCAGUCUGGGCAUUUUCAUCGACCUGCAGAAGAAGGAGAAGGAGGCGCACGCGUGGCUGCAGGCGGGGAAGAUCUAUUACAUCCUCCAGCAGAACGAGCUGGUAGACGUGUACCUCCAGGUGGCCCAGAACGCAGCCCUGUACACGGGGGACCCCAACCUGGGGCUGGAGCUGUUUGAGGCGGCUGGGGACAUCUUCUUCAACGGGACCUGGGAGCGGGAGAAAGCCGUGUCCUUCUACCGGGAUCGGGCGCUGCCCUUGGCCUCCACCACAGGGAACCAGGAGGCCGAGCUGCGUCUGUGCAACAAGCUGGUGGCACUGCUGGCCGAGCUGGACGCGCCCCGGGAGGGCCUGGAGUUCGCCCACAUGGCCCUGGCGCUCAGCAUCACCCUGGGGCGAGGGGCCGGGGGCCAGCCGGGCGGACAGGCGUCCUCAGGACGAGGGGCCGGGGGCCAGCCGGGCAGACAGGGGACCUCAGGGCGAGGGGCCGGGGGCCAGCCGGGCAGACAGGCGUCCUCAGGGUGA